AUGGACUCAUCGCAAUCAUCUAUUCCCACUUCAGGUGUUUUCAAAUCACUUUCAGAUUCACCACCAUCUCAUUGCAGUCUAAAUAUAGAAUCAUUUUCGUUGUUAAGUGAAUUUCUGGAUGGUAAUAGCAGCGAUCCAGAAGAUGCAUAUGAAUCAGAGGAGUUCAAAGCUGGUGGAUACAAAUGGAAACUAGUCAUCUAUCCAAAGGGAAACAAGAAGAAGAAGGUGGAAGACCACAUCUCUGUUUACUUACAGAUAGCUGGAGCAAAUUCACUUGAGAUGGGUUGGGAAGUGUAUGUUGACUUCCGAUUGUUUUUGCUCGAUCAGAGUAAGAAUGUCUACAUGGUGUUUGAAGAUGCUUUUACAAGGAAAAACUGUAUUCACGGAGCCAAGCUUGAUGUGGGUUUUGAUAAACUAGUGCCUCUAGAUGAAUUCCAUGAUGCAUCUCAUGGAUACCUCGUUGAUGACAAGUGCGUCUUUGGAGCCGAGGUCUUUGUUUGUAAAGAGACAAGAAGAGGAAUGGGAGAAUGUAUAUCGAGGGUAAAAAGUCCCAAAACGUACAAGUAUAUUUGGAAGCUUAGGAAUUUUUCAAGUUUAACUGAUCCAUACUACCCCUCAGAACCAUUCACUGUUGAAGAUCAAAAAUGGAUUAUACAACUCUAUCCCAAGGGAGUUGACCAACAAAACAGACAUAUUGGUAUUUACUUGCAAUUGGUUGAUCGAAAAGCAACUCCUCCUGCCACUAAAGUAUUUGCAGAGCUUUCCAUACCCAUUGUACAUCCAUUGUGUAGUGGCCUCUACUGGAGCCGAACGGAUCCAGGUUAUGGAAUCCAUGGACAAGGACAGGAAGCUCUGAAAGUGUUUGAUGAUAUGCCAUUCAUGUUUGGUUGUAGAAGGUUUGGGGAUAUUCAGUAUGAUGUUGCAUCAAUACCAACUGAAGCCCAGACCCGAGCAUUAUGGAAUAUUGGUUGUCUUCUUGGCCGCACAGGAGAGUUGGACAAGGCCAUGGAAAUUGUUGAGCGAAUGCCAAACCCAGCUGAACCACAUGUUUGGGGAGCCUUGCUUGGUGCCUGUCGGAUUCAUAACAACGUCAAGCUGGGAGAGGUUGUAGCAAAGAGACUUUUGGAGUUAGAACCGGAUGAUGCAGGUAUUAGUGUACAUGAAAGAUCUCAAUUCGACAGGAGAGGUUAUAACCCCGAUUGUCUUGCCAUAGCCUUUCCUAACUGCACUGGGAACACGGGGAACCUGUAG